GGGUUGACAUUAAAAUUUUUCAAAGAUACUUAGACUACAUCUACCUGAUGGAAAAGGAUUCUUAUCUUCCUUGAGGGAACUCAAGAUUGAUACUCUCACAUUGGACAACUUGUUCCAACUUCCAAGUAAGCUGAAAUUAUGAAUUACCGACAAGAGAAAUUUGUGAGGUUUCAGGAUUGUAGUUCAGAGAGAUCUCCAAGCUCUGAGAGGCAAUUUUCCGCAAAAUAUUCAGGAGGAAUUAGAACAGCACUUAGCUCAGUUUCAGAAAGGAUUCAAAGAGGGUUUGAAUGGGCCUCUGAAGGGAUUAAGAGCCUUAGGAAAUUGUUCAAGGCCCAUUCUCUAGAUGAUCCAUUGAUAAAAGACUCUGGGUCUAGGAAGAAAAUUCUGGAUCCACAGGGGCCAUUUCUUCAGAGAUGGAACAAAAUAUUUGUUUUGUCAUGUGUGAUUGCAGUGUCCUUGGAUCCGUUGUUCUUUUAUGUCCCAGUGGUUGAUGGUAAGAACCAUUGUCUUGGCUUGGAUAGGAGGUUGGAGAUAACAGCUAGUGUUCUUCGUUCGUUCACUGAUAUUUUUUAUAUGCUUCACAUCAUCUUUCAAUUCCGUACUGGUUUUAUUGCUCCUUCUUCUCGAGUAUUUGGAAGAGGUGUUUUGGUUGAAGAUCCAUUGGCCAUAGCAAAACGCUACUUGUCAUCGUACUUCCUAAUCGACAUUCUUGCAGUUCUUCCACUUCCACAGGUGGUUAUUUCGAUUGUCAUACCAAAAUUGAAGGGCUCAAAAUCUUUAAAUACAAAGGACUUGUUGAAGUUUGUUGUUGUGUUCCAGUAUGUACCAAGGAUCCUUCGAAUCUAUCCACUCUAUAAAGAAGUGACAAGAACUUCAGGCAUACUUACCGAGACAGCAUGGGCUGGAGCUGCUCUGAAUCUUUUUCUUUACAUGCUUGCUAGCCAUGUACUUGGGGCCUUUUGGUACUUGUUUUCAAUUGAACGACAAAAUACAUGCUGGCGAGAAGCUUGUCCGAAGAACCCUGGAUGUGAAAUUCGUCGUUUGUACUGUGGUGAUGGUAUCAAUGACAUGUCAUUUCUAAAUAGUACUUGUCUUCUUACGGGUCAGGAUCCGCACUUUGAGUUUGGAAUAUUCCUUGAUGCUCUUACAUCCGAUGUGGUGGAAUCAAAUGAUUUCCCACAGAAGUUCUUUUACUGCUUUUGGUGGGGCCUGCGUAAUCUGAGUUCUCUUGGGCAAAAUCUGGAAACAAGUACUUAUGUUUGGGAGAUAGUAUUUGCGGUCUUCAUUUCCAUCUUCGGUUUGGUUCUUUUUGCGUUUCUCAUUGGCAAUAUGCAGACAUAUCUGCAGUCCACUACUGUUAGAUUAGAAGAGAUGAGAUUGAAAAGGCGAGAUGCAGAGCAAUGGAUGUCCCACCGUUUGCUACCUGACAGCCUCAGGGAACGGAUCAGGCGUUAUGACCAGUACAAGUGGCAAGAAACGAGAGGUGUUGAUGAAGAGAAUCUGCUCUGCAACCUUCCCAAGGACCUCAGAAGGGACAUAAAACGCCAUCUCUGCUUGGCUCUACUCAUGAGAGUGCCAAUGUUUGAAAAAAUGGAUGACCAAUUACUGGAUGCAAUGUGUGAUCGCCUCAAGCCAGCACUCUACACAGAGGACAGUGUCAUUGUUCGUGAGGAGGAUCCGGUGGAUGAUAUGCUAUUCAUCAUGAGGGGGAAGCUAUGGAGUGUGACCACAAAUGGUGGAAGGACUGGCUUCUUUAACUCUGAUUUUCUGAAAGCUGGGGAUUUCUGUGGAGAAGAGUUGCUGACAUGGGCGUUGGAUCCCCACUCAUCUUCCAACCUCCCGAUCUCAACCAGAACAGUGAAGGCCCUGACUGAGGUCGAAGCCUUUGCUCUUGAGGCAGAGGACUUGAAGUUUGUGGCUUCCCAGUUCCGGCGACUUCACAGCAAGCAGCUCCGACACACUUUCAGGUUCUACUCGCAUCAGUGGAGGACAUGGGCAGCCUGUUUCAUACAAGCAGCUUGGCGCCGCUACUGUAAGAAGAAGCUAGAAGACUCUUUACGUGAGGAGGAAGAUAAGUUGCAGGAUGCAUUGGCCACGGGGGCAGGGAGCUCUCCAAGCCUUGGUGCUACCAUUUAUGCUUCACGGUUUGCUGCUAAUGCAUUACGUGCUAUAAGGCGCAAUGGUGCACGCAAAGCGAGGGAGAGAUUACCACCUAUAUUGCUUCAGAAACCUGAAGAGCCUGAUUUUACAGCUGAAGAUCAUUAACUAGGUAAUAUCAUCCUUGGCCAUACUUGGUCUGCUAUAUUUUUGUGUUUAACGUGUAAAGCCUGAGUAACCUGUUAAAAGCGCAUGUAAAGCCUGAAUAGACGCAUCAUGGUUUCAGUGAACUAGUUGUGUAUUGUAUAUAAUUUAUAUACAUUAUAAGAAUGUCCCACUGUUG